CGCUGUCGCCAAUCGCGGCGUUGGCCCCGCCCCGUCACGUGGGAAGGAGAGCGUACGGCGUAGUGACGCUCAGCCCCCGGUCCGGCGCUCGGUGUGACGCAGGCUCGGUGUCCGGUGAAGGUGACCGAUGACCAUCCUACCGAAGAAGAAGCCGCCUCCCCCCUCUGACCCGGAUGACGGGGACCGGAGCGGUGGCGGGGGCGGCGGAGACCCUCACUCCCGCUCCGGGGCCCGGCCUCGCUCCUCCCCGCCCCCGCGCUGGGCCCAGGCAUCGCCGCCCCCCGGUUCGGGAGGCCCCGGCGGCGCUGGUGCGGGCUCAGACGGGCUCGGCGGAUGCUGCUGCUGUAACGGCUCGGGGAUAGGCCCGGGGGGCUGCUGCUCCGGCCCUGGACACAGCAAGCGGAGGAGACAGGGGGUGAGCGGGCCCGGGGGGGCCGGGGCGGGAGGACCGGGGAUCCCUGGGGCCGGGAACACCACUGACGGGGACGAUGGAGCCGGAAACAACAGCGAGGAUGAGUAUGAGACCGCGGCCCGGACCCAGGCCAUAGACCCGGACGCCGCAGAGCAGCAGGAGAACUGGUUUGAGAAGGCCCUGCAAGAGAAAAAGGGAUUUAUCAUUAAACAGAUGAAGGAAGACGGGGCCUGUCUGUUCAGAGCUGUCGCUGACCAGGUAUACGGAGAUCAGGAUAUGCAUGAGGUGGUCAGGAAACACUGCAUGGAUUACCUGAUGAAAAACGCGGACUACUUCUCCAACUACGUGACCGAAGACUUCACAACUUACAUCAACCGCAAAAGGAAAAACAAUUGUCACGGGAACCACAUAGAGAUGCAAGCCAUGGCGGAGAUGUACAACCGGCCUGUGGAGGUGUACCAGUAUGGGACAGAACCAAUCAACACUUUCCACGGGAUCCAGCAAAAUGAAGACGAGCCAAUCAGAGUGAGCUACCAUCGAAACAUCCAUUACAAUUCUGUGGUAAACCCCAACAAGGCCACAAUAGGAGUGGGCCUCGGGCUGCCGUCCUUCAAACCCGGGUACGCAGACCAGUCGCUAAUGAAGAACGCCAUUCGAACUUCUGAGGAGUCCUGGAUCGAGCAACAGAUGUUGGAAGACAAAAAGAGGGCCACAGAUUGGGAAGCCACAAACGAGGCCAUCGAGGAACAAGUGGCUCGGGAAUCCUACCUGCAGUGGUUGCGGGACCAAGAGAAACAAGCCAGACAGCCACGCAAGGCCACCGCCACCUGCAGUUCCGCAACAGCAGCCGCGUCCAGUGGGCCAGAGGAGUGGAGCAGCCGCUCACCGAGACAGCGCAGCGCCGUGGCCUCCCCCGAGCACCCCGAAAUUCACGGAGAGCAAACAGCGAAACCGUCUUCCCCAGGGACCACUCUAGUUUUAGCUAAACCCCCCUCACCAUGUGCGCCGGGCCCCAGCAACCAGCCAUGUUCCGGAGCCGACCGAGCCACUUCCCCCCUUGUGUCUUUGUACCCGGCCCUGGAGUGCAGAGCAAUCAUGCAGCACAUGUCUCCCACGGCAUUUGGUUUGAAGGAUUGGGACGACGACGAGAUCCUGGCCUCCGUCUUAGCUGUGUCACAACAGGAGUACUUGGACACGGUGAAGAAAAGCGCCCUGCGCAGGGAUCCUUCCCCCGACCACAGCUGAUAUCCAGCUCCUCCGAUUCUCCCGCGUCCGACCCGUCUCUGCUUGCCUCUCUCUCUCUCCACUCCCGCCCCUUCCUCCGUCCCGCCAGUUUUUAUCAUGCUCACCCCGUGAUCGCCACAUGAAUGAUGCUCUCUCUUCUGUAAAUGUACCUUUCCUACUAGCCCACGGACUUGUAUAGCUGCAUGUUACAGAGGAUGCCGACGGGCCAACGCCCCCCCUUCCCAACAGCCCCCUACUUCCAGACUUUCUGCUAUCCAAGCCUGCAGCUGGACUGGACUACUGCCCGCCUGGCUCCUGCAGGGGGCGCCCUGACUUUGCGUUCCCACCUUUUAGAUAGUUUUGGAUGGGUGUGCAGCGGGGAGAAGGACUCAGCCGGUGGAGCUCUCUCCACUUUUGUAUCUUCCUCAGAUUGUUUUUUUUUUUUUUGUUCUUUUUUUUUUUUUUUUUGGUUUGUAUCUUAUCAAGAGGACGUUCCAGUCACCUAGGAAUAACUUUUUCUUAUUAAGAAAGGAAAAAAAAAAUGAGAAAAAAAUCUUAUACAGAAGAAA